AUGAAGCUAAUCACAUCUCCUCUUCUCUUGGCUUUCCUUACACCACUCCUCUCAAUCACUAUCCUCGCCAUACCAAUUGCCGUUCGAUCCGCCACAACACUCACAGCCACCAGCAUGAGCACAGAUGCCAACGCCAGCACCCCAGUCCUCGAAAAUCUCACCUCCGAAAGUCUCCUCCACCACUACGCUUCCAACCUCCACGUUCCUACCGUCAAGAUCAGCAGAGCUGAGCAGGCUGAGCAGCAAGGACAAUAUUGUGCGCCAAUUGGGUUUAAGAACUGGCAUAAGAUCUGUGAUUCAAGAUGUGAUCCGACGAAUUGCAAUAAUCUGCCUGGAAGGGGAGUGCUUGAGGGAAAUGUUGAAGGUGGCGAGGAGAGGGAGACUGAUGAGCAUGAUGUAAAGGGAAAGGGGAAGGGAGAUGGAAAGGGAGGAAGGGUUGGGCAUUGGUAUAUGAACUCGCCACCUAUUGAGAAGCGGCGCCAUCUCGUUAUUCCCAUGUGA